AUGCGCUUUACUCUUGCUUUUGUUGCAGCCGCUCUUCUGGCUGAAGCUAUUUCUGCCGCCCCCAAUGACCCUGUUCAUCGUGCCGUAUCGUCGUCGGCUUCGAUGUCGGCUUCAUCCUCGCUCCAACCUUCGAGCCGAGCCAUCCUCCCCAAAUCUUCCAGCUCGGCUCGUCUCAGUAGCGCUAGCGCUUCUGCUUCUGCUGUGAAUGGAGUUUAUCAAAAGAGAAAUAUCAUCGAUUUCUUCAAGGGCUUGGUUCAUCCUGAGAUCGAAGCUAUUUCAUCCUCCUCAGCUGUUCCCUCAGCAUCUCAAAUCUACGACCAAAUGGCCAGUGAAAUUUUGUCGCAAUAUGACGCCGAUAUGAGCAUGAUCGCCAAACCGACGAUGAUGGCAUCUGCUUCAGCUUCAUCCUCCGCUUCCCGUUCCAUUCAAAGCUCUGCCUCUAUGUCGUCAGCCAGCGCCAGUGCCAGCGCCAGCGCCAGUAUCCUUCCCAGAGCUGACAAUUUGCAUGAAAGCUACGUCAGCGCUAUUCUUGCUGAAUACAACUCUCAUCUCCAGGUCGCUCAAGCAUCUGUCAAGGCCGCUGUUUCCAGCCAAUCGGCUGCUCCAUCAAGCAAAUUGGCCAUGUCCCUCCAAGCAAGAGCCGUUAUUCCCACCCACAGAGCAGCUGCGGCUUCCUCAGUCAAAUCGAAAGCGGCUCCUGCUGCUUCUUCUGCUCGUGCGACCGGAGCUAUUAACCGUCCUGGCAAGCCUAUCAAUCGCCUUGCCUCGGCUUCUCUUAAGCCUUCCGCUUCGGUUCGCGCUAGUGUUCCCCAUAAGCAGAAGUAUGAACCUGAGGUUGUGACUGUGCACGUGUACGCUCCCCAGGCUGCUGCUGCUACCCCUUCGGCUGUUCCCGCCCGUGGCCGCCGCUACCGUCAAGCCAUUUGGAACAAGCGUGCCUCGUUGGCUUCCAGUGCAUCUAGCCUUUCCGCUCGUUCUUCGCUUCGUGCCUCGGCUCUUUCUGCUUCUGCUUCCGCUUCUGCUAGACCCAUUUUCCAGAAGCGUGCCAGCAUGUCUUUAAGUCAAUCUCUUCGUCCCUCUGCUAGCAUGUACAAAUUGGCCUCCUCUUCCAAGUUAGCUUCCGCUUCUGCUUCUGCUAGACCCAUCUUCCAGAAGCGUGCCAGCAUUUCUUCUAGCCAGUCUCUUCGUGCCUCUGCAAGCAUGUCUCGAUCGGCUUCCGCUUCCGCUUCUGCUUCUGCUUCUGCUUCUCUGCGACCCAUUUUCCAGAAGCGCGCUAGCAUUUCUUCUAGCCAGUCUCUUCGUCCCUCGGCAAGCAUGUCUCGAUCGGCUUCCGCUUCCGCUUCUGCUUCUGCUUCUGCUUCUGCUUCUGCUUCUGCUUCUGCUUCUGCUUCUCUGCGACCCAUUUUCCAGAAGCGUGCCAGCAUUUCUUCUAGCCAGUCUCUUCGUGCCUCUGCAAGCAUGUCUCGAUCGGCUUCCGCUUCCGCUUCUGCUUCCGCUUCUGCUUCUGCUAGACCCAUCUUCCAGAAGCGUGCCAGCAUCUCUUCAAGCCAAUCCGUUCGUCCCUCGGCAAGCUUGUCUCGAUCGGCUUCCGCUUCCGCUUCUGCUUCUGCUUCUGCUUCUGCUUCUCUGCGACCCAUUUUCCAGAAGCGUGCUAGCAUUUCUUCUAGCCAAUCUGUUCGUCCCUCUGCAAGCAUGUCCCCAUCGGCUUCCGCUUCGUUGAAACCCUCAGCUUCCGUUUCCAUGUUAUCCAUGUCGGGUUCUAGCUCUGCUUCUGCUUCCGCUUCUGCUACUAGCUCUGCUCGUCCUCUUGCCACCAGCAUGCCCACUGUUCACUCUUCCUCCAAGGCUAUAAUUGAAGAGUACGAGGAAAUCUUCCCCGAAGAUGUCAGCCUUUUUAGCAACGUCGAUGCCUAUUGGAUUGGCGAUGCUUUUGCUGAGGAAGAAUGGAGAGGUUAUGACUGGACCGAAUAG